UCUCAUGAAUGUUUUUAUUUUUCAUCUGAAAAUGCAAAGCAUAACCAUGACCUGAAACACCUGUGUUUACUUUGGGAGACUUGCAUGAUUCACAAACAGCGAACCUUCAUCGGAUCAGUUCGGCCGCGAUUUAUCCGCCCGGAUUCCCCACUCUAAAGAAAUACACUUGCACUCGAAGCGAAGCGCUAAACCAAAGAGAGGCAGAAACUGCCCCUACGAAUGAUUUAUAAUUUUUUUUUUGAAAAGAAGGAAAAAAAGUACCGACACUUGCUUCGUUGUUUGAUAAUACUUCACCCAAACACCCAAGUACAGUGAGAAACAGCAGCAGUGCAGUGAGUUACAGUGAAAAAGUUGCCGGGAAAAAAAGAGUAAAAACUUAAACAAGCUCUUUUCGCUGCAAACGGUGUCAAAUUGCUGGGUGCAGUCCGAGAGCGAAACAACUGUUCGUAGGAAAGGUACCAGGAAAAGCAUCGGGAGAAUCGUCGUUUGCCACCGUUUUGACCCAGUUUAUCCGGAAGGUGGGACGGACCUGAUCAGCUGAUAAACCACUGCAACCAAGCACCGGGUGGUGGCGUUACAAGAGGAGACGUUUUUCCUCCCUCCCUCCCCUUUCCAUCGGCUGCUUUCGAGGAGAAGUUGAGAAGUAAAUCAACCCGUACGCGAUGCGGGUUCCGUCGGUGUGGGCACUGGUGACACUGUCGUCGCUAUGUUCAGCGGCGGACAUCCUGAUGAUUACGAUGGGCGGUACCAAAUCACACAAAAUACCCUUCUGGGAGCUAGCCAAGGGACUGAUACCGAGAGGUCACAACAUCACCUUCGUCAGUGGCUUCCAACCGGAUUUCGCCAUGAACGGCCUGCAGGAGAUCACCCCGUCCGGACUCGUGGAAUACAUCCGCAACUACACCAACUGGGACCUGCUGGGGGCACGGAUCCGGGGCGAUCUGCCCCUGUCGAUAUGGGACGUCUUCCGGUACGCGUGGCAAGCCUGCGACGCUACCCUGGAGGAUAAGGAAGCGAUGGAUCUGCUGGGGAGAAAGUUCGAUCUGUUGAUUCUGGACGGUGCCUAUCCGGAGUGCGCACUGGGGCUGGCCUACCGACUGGGUGCUCCGUACAUGUACAUCAACACGGUCGGUUUCUUCACGGGCACGAUGUCGCUGGCCGGGAACCCUUCACCGUACUCAACGAACCCGGUGUUCUACAGACCGCUGACAGAUGACAUGGAUUUUUUCCAGCGGGUCAUGAACACUAUCUUCAGUGCGUUUAUUAUACCGGUGCACUAUUCUAGUCUCACCGUACUGCAAGCGGUCGUUCGACGGCAUCUCGGAUCGGAUAUACCGAACGUGUGGGACCUCUCGCGUAAUGUGAGCUUCAUCCUGCAGAACGGUCACGCUACCGUAACAUAUCCACGUCCUAAUCUACCCAACAUCGCCGAGAUCGCUUGUAUCCACUGCAAACCGGCUGGUCCGUUGCCGAAAGAUCUGGAAGAUUUCAUCGCCGGUGCAGGCGAGUCCGGUUUCAUCUACGUGUCGAUGGGCUCCUCCGUCAAGGCGGCCAACAUGCCGGAUCAGCUGCGAAAGCUGCUGAUUCAAACAUUCGCUCGGUUACCCUACCGAGUGCUUUGGAAGUACGAAUCCAGCGCGAGCAUCAAAGAUUUGCCAUCAAACGUGAAACUUGGCCGAUGGUUGCCACAACAGGAUAUCCUAGGGCAUCGGAAACUACGAGCCUUCGUGACACACGGUGGACUGCUCAGUAUGUUCGAAACUGUUUACCAUGGCGUUCCGGUGGUGACGAUGCCGGUGUUUUGCGACCAUGAUGCGAAUGCGGCCAAAGCGGAAGUGGACGGCUACGCCCUCCAGUUGGACUUGACGACGCUAACCAGCGAACAGUUGGUACGGGCUAUCCAUCGGGUGAUACAUGAUCCCAAGUAUCGGAAUGAUGCAAAGCGUCGUCAGAUGCUACUGAAGGACCAAAGAACGACCCCUCUGGAGACGGCCAUCUACUGGACGGAGUAUGUACUGCGGCAUAAUGGGGCCUACCAUCUGCAGACGCCUGCGAGGAAUCUUACUUUCAUCGCCUACUACGGUUACGAUGUUGUCUGCUUCUUCCUGGCGGCCGCCUAUCUGUUCCGCUUGGUGAUCCGAAGGGUGCUCAAACCACAGAUGAUGCAGCUCUCUAAGGAGAAAAUACACUAAGAAAAAAACACACGCCUUCACCGGUGAAUAAGCUAACGAGUCAAGGACUAUCCAAACAUCCGAAACAACACACCAAAAACAACUAAAGUUAGAAAGUGUGCUAGCUACUGCAGUACCGAGAUUGCUGGCAGUGAAUCCGUCCGCCCCCAUCGACUAGAAGAAAAAGAAAAACAAAUAGGAACAUAUUUUUUGCACAUAUGCAAAACGAGGAUGAAACUUUUCACCCGAAACAGAUUCUUGAGGAGAAAAAAGGUCAUACAAUCACCGACAAUCAGAAAUAACACAAAUUAUCCGAGUACACUUGAUUUGAACAUACUCGCUAGCCUUGACAGUUGACAGUUCAGUGAGCAAUAGCGAAAACGGAAGUGUCAUGUCUGAUUGUCUGUGAAAGCAUGGCCGUAUGUCGUAAAGUCAACAGCUUCUUGAACCGAAUGAAUAAUAUGUGUGUUUAGGUUGCUAGUAUGUACUAUGUAGGUAUAGAAAAUAGAUGAAAAUCGGAGUUAACUGAAGCGAAAGACCAAUUGCUGAAUUUGUUUCGGGGGAACUGUCGACGUUGUCAUCCACAAAAAUCGUAGCCUAAAUUACAACCUCGAGAAAUUUAUCUAUACACUAAUAAUUUAAUCAAAUCGGUUCGACUAAACUCUACCUGUAUUCUGAAUUAGCAAAGACGCGAGAAAUGAACAAAAAAAAAACAAGCGGUUAUUUCAACAAUUGUGAUACUGGAAUAUGGUUUCAUCACGUUUUAGACCGUAAGCAAGUUUUAUCGGUUUAGUAGUUAGCAGGUCUAAGAGAGUGUGGGUUCUCUAUUUUAACAAAACUUUAGUUCUUUAUUAGGCGGGUAUGCUUUAGUGCAGUAGAUUCAUUAAUUUAUUCGUCCCAGUCAGUGUAAAGAUUGUUGUAGUAGAACAACUUUGCCCAACUGUUUGUUCUCUGUGAAACAAGAGGUGAAAACGUGCUUUUUAGCUUGUUUUAAAGUGUGUACAUAUGCUAAUCUCUACCUUUAUUUUCAAAGCAGAAAUUUGUAAAUAUUAGGGUAAUAAAAGUGAUGAAAUGAAA